CAGGGGGUCGAUCAGACGGAGGGCGGCAGUGAUCAGCUGAGCGGCCCGGGACUGCCACCGCCACCACCAGGGCCGCUGCUGCCACUCCUUGGCCGCCACAGUCGCAACACUACUAACUGGGACCAUGACACACCUGGGAAGCGACCGUGACCCAGUUCUCUUGUGAUGCUGAGGGGACAUGAGGAAGUGAGGCAGUUGUUAUAGGGAGACAGAAGGGUCACCACAACCACCUCCACCAUCAUGUUGUCCAUGUGUGGCUUGCUAUGCUCGGUGCUCCGAGGAUGGCGCCACAACCAGGCUGUGAUGCUUAUGGCCCGUGCCCUCUCCCAGACCAAUGCCUCCUUACUUGUGCAGGAUCUGUCCCCUGGCCCAGGGUCAGGGUCAGGGCAAGGGCGGGGUGGCUUCUCCCCCUUCUGUAUAGUGGAGGGGGAGAAGGGGCUGUCACAGCUGUUGUGGUGUGACAACAACAAACAAGCAGUGAUGGUAUCUCCAAGGCAAUGUGUUGACCUUCAGCGGUGGACCCUCUUCCUCUCUUCCACCACCUCAGAGCCAGUGACCACCCCUCCCUGUCCUGGUGCUAAUGGCACCACAGGCAAACCUGAGGAAGAAGGGGAAGGCACCACAAUUACAGUGCUGCUGGAGGCUGCAUACAGGGAUCGGGAUGAGGAAAUACAGCCGGAGUACCAUGUUAUGGUGGAGCAACUCUCUCAGCCAUAUGCCUGGAAAGCACGUGAUGUGUUUGGGGUGAUUGUGACUACAACCCCACCACAGCUGCUGGCCAUGAUUCAAGCCUUCUUUAACAAUGCUUUGCACAUUGAUGAUGACUUCCUCAUCAAGAAGAUCUUAACCAUUGAGGUAGUGGGUAAGCCUGCCAGCCUGGUAGAUCCACUAAGUAUUCCAGAUUGUGUUACUCCUGGUCCUUGGAGUGCCAGUCAGUGUGCCCUGACACAGAUGGAAGUGGCACGUAGUCUUUCCCCAUCCGGAGCACAGGGCCUGGGGAGUGGAGCAGCAAGGACACCUGGCAACUCUUUGCGUCCCCCGGCACUGUGGGGAUUGCUGCGGCACCAGUCCUCUGGAGAGAGUGCCACGUCGACUUCUACCACCCUUCACCCUCAGUCCUCCACAGACAGUGAACGCCACCAAUCCAGCCUGGAUCCACAGUCUUCUUAUGACAGUGUUAGUGACUAUCCCACCUCUGAUACUGAUGACCUAACCUGCAGUGUGACUGGGCUAUAUCCUCGAGGCUGGGCAGUGUCUGGAGCCCACGUGGUUUCUGGCCAGCCACUCUCUGUACGAGCAGCUCUCAAUCAACUCCGCUACCCUGGCCAGUCCUGCUCCAUAGUGACCAAUCCUCUUGAAGACUUGUGGCAAGAAGAGGAGAGCAGGAGGGCAGCAGAUGAUGGUUGUGUGGGCCAGCAGGGUGUAACUUGUCUCAAUGGACCUUCAGCAAUGUCUUACGAGGUCAGGAGCAAAACCUUGCCACGAACCAAGAAGGUUUGUGGUCAUCCUCACAGUUGUCUGCCUGGAAACAUGAUAUGCCAGGGUAUUCAGCCUCCUCAGCCAGGAAAGAGAGAGCAGGAUAUGGUGCGGGAGGCAGCCCAAUACUACCAGCGUGCCCUAGAUGCAGCACAUGUCCGCCAGGAGGGAUUCAAGAGAGAGCAGAGCUCAGCCAGUGAUGAGGACUUCUCCUUCAGUGGGAGUCGCGACAGAGUGGUUGUGACCCAGGAACCUAUCAGGUAUCCAGUCCGUAUCAGGAGUGAAGCUGAUCUUACCCGAGCUACCAGCAUCAUCAGAGACAACUUAGCAAAUAUUAUUCAGAAUUACUUAUUUAAGCCUGGCACCUCACCAGAAUCCCAGCCCCUUGUAUCUCACCUAGCUUUGGAUCAUCCCACCAUAAAGCUGGUUGGGACUAAUGAAAGGGAAGUUGGAUCCCGAAUUUCUACCAGUGGCAGUACAGAAUCUAAGGAAGGAAGCAGUCCACCACCUCUAGUAGUAGCUGCAGGAGGGCAGACCCCAAUGGCCCCUUUUGCUCCUGUCCAGAAAGCCCCACUCUUUAGAAGUAAAGCAAGUCCUCAGCAUCCAUUGUCUAAACCGAGGUCCUCCUCCCCAGGCUCCACUAUCCAGAUGGUUUGUCUUCCAAGUCCCCACCAGAAAGCUGAAUUAACCAGUGGAAUGUCACCAUGUGUGGUUAAAAAGGAAAAACAACCUUUCACUUCCAGCUCCAAAAUAACAGGGAAGCACCCAGCUCGUGGGGACAAGCGAUUAACCAAGAGUGAAGAGAUAGUGUUGCCUCCCUUCAUAAGGGAAAGCCACAUUGAUGUUCCUGUCACUGCAGAGGAUGAUCUUACCAGUAACUCCUCCACAGCUGAUCUUGGAAGCACUACUGAAUAUCCUCAUCCACAGCAAGCUACUACCACAUCCACAGGACACAAAGAAAAGAAGUUUGAUGCAGCUUCAAAAAAAUCAAUUGAAGCAGAUGCAAAAUAUGUUACUGCUACAUCUAAGGAGUCCCUUCAAAUAGGAUCACCUACUGAAGAAAGUCCAGACAUUAUAGCCAAAAGUCAAGAGAUUGCUUUAUCUUCAGCUGAUAGAUCUUGUGUUACCAGAAUCCUAGAGACAGUCCCACCAUCUGAUAUUCAAAAGGCAGAUAUAGUACCAUCUACAGAAAGAGCCAUGGUUCAGAAAAUGCAGAAUGGAGCUGUGGUUUCAACUCUAACAGAAUCCAUAUCCUCCCUUCAAGAUACAGUUUCACUUCCAACAACUUCAGAUGCACUCAUAAACUCAUCCCAGUCUGUAGCCUCUGCUCCUAAAAUGGACACAAUUCCAGACAUAGCUAUGAUACCACCCACUCCAGACACAGACACAGAUUCAGCUCCUGGAACAGUGAUGACAUCAGUAACUCCAGACACAGACAUUACCCCCAUGACUCCAGAUAAAGAUAUAGCCCAAGCAACUCAAGGAAUGAAUAUGACUGAAGAAACCUCAGAAACAACUAAAACCCCAGCAACACUUAGCAAUGACACAGUACUCAUAAUGUCUGAUAUAAAAACUCCAGAUUUGAUCCAGACAUAUCUAGAUGUUUCCAAAGAAGCUGUGGCCACAAACAUAGUUUCAAAAGUAUCAGAUGCAGACACUACAAUAACAUCCCCAACAACUUCAGACAUAGGCAGAAAAGAUGAGGGGCAUUCAAGAGUUGUGACUCAAGCAGGGAAGGAUGAAGCUGAUGAUGUUUACUGCCCAGAGUCUGUAGUUACCAUAGUUCAUGAUGGUUGUAUCUCCCCCAUUGUGGAGAACAAUUUGUCGUGGGAGGGUUCUUCCCUUGCCAGUGAGAGCCAGGGAGAGUCUAUUCAGCGGCCUAGAUGUCUGAAGGACACCCAUAAACUUAACACCAAAUCCAGUACUGCUAGUGAAAGCUCCUUUGAAUCCCUUCCUUACAGAAUGCUGACCUCCCAGCCAGAGAGUCUCACUGAGGAUGUGUCAAAUAGUGUUUCCAUAGAACUGACACGUCCUCCUCCAGAAACUGAGCGGCUGAGGGCAGCCCGGCUUGAGUUGAUUAGGCAAGAACGCAUUCAUGCUAUUUCUCUUAUGAGCACAGUUACUACUGACUCUGAGGAGGGCCAGGUUUGGGCUGCUUCCUUAGAAGAGCAGCCAUUUGGUAGUCCUAUGAUAGAGAAUAACAAUCAGGAAACUUGGGAGAGUCCAGUCCUUGACUCUGGAGUGGAGGUUGCUUUAAAAGAGACUUGCAUUGAUCAUUCUACCAAGCCCCAGCACUGUUCCCCUACCAGCCCUACAGAAUCUGCCCCUGAAUCUGGCUUCUCCAGCCUGCAAGAGACAGUAGUGGAAGGCUCGGCACGUGGAGCUCGGAGUGGGGUCUGUCUGAGCAAAUCUAAAGACAGUUUGGACCUGACUGAUGGAGAACGUUGUGCAGGCACUGACACUUUCUCUGAUGACAUGGAGACUCUCUCCUCAAGUGCAGGAGAAGCAACUUUGAUGGAGAGUGGUCCUGUCUCCCAACGGGCCUCCCCUAGGAACAGUGUAUCAGAUUCAGUCCACCAUGACUCAAGCUUGGCUGUGCCCACACAUGAAGUGUCCCAACAUGAAGGUAAAGUAUCCAAAGAGUUGGAGAGCAUUAGUAAAGUGCCUGUGGAAGAAAAAGCCUUUAAAUACCUAUCAGAUGAUAGCAGUGAAUACAAAAUGAAAACUAGUGAAUCUUUGUCUUCAGAAGAUACUGUGGUAUCACGGCGCUCCUUAGAUGAUCAUAUUCCUAAGCUUGAGUCUCAGGGUUCUCAAGAUCUAUUGGAGAUCCAGGAAGCCAAGAUCAGCUUAUCUCCACAUACAUAUUCAAGAGAUGAAGCUGACAAAAGGAUCAAGGAAGCAAGAAAUGGUUAUGGUGUUCUAGAAGACAAGUGGGAACCUCAUUAUACCUGGCCCCCUGGAGUCAGCUUUAUGAGUGAAGCACUCCACACAUCUAUUGCAGACAAGUUACGACUUCUGAGUGAGUCUGAGGCAGAAGCCAAGAUAAGAUCCCAAUCGCGUGGCCAAAGGAGCAAGAGGGCCAUGAGUGCUGCUGCUGCAGGAAGCAUUUUGGGACGUAGGACUGAUGUCCAGAGUUCCUCAUCUCAGGGAUCACACCAACACAUUACUAAGAGAAGUUCCAUUAGUGAAUGCAAGCAAGUAAAACCACAUAGCAAUAAAAAGAAUGAGGAACUGAGUCUCACAGUAACCUGCAGUAAUAUUGCAGGGCAGUCUACCACUGCAAGGACCUACAGCAAUGCUCCUAUUUUUAAGCAGUGUACUGAUGCAAAGACUCUGAGUAGUGAUUCUGUCCCAGAUCAAUUUACCACUAUGAAGACCCACAUUCAUGCUCCUGUUCCUGAUCAGUCUGUUAUUGUGAAGACUCACAAAAGUGGUUCUGCCUCUAGCCAGUCUGACACUGUACAGACCCACAACAAUAUCCUUACUACUGACCAGUCUACCACUAUAAAAAACUGCAGGAAUAGCCCUGACUCUGUUCCUAGCCAGCAUACUACUAUCAAGACCCCUAGUAGUUCCUCUUCCUUGGAUCAAUCAGUAGGAAAAACUCUUGGUUUCCCUGAUCUUCCCCAGUCUACUGAGACUGUCUCUGUUUCUGGCCACUCAACCUCUUUGAAAAUGCAUAGCAUUUCCUCUGUUGUUUUAGAACAAUCUACCUCUGUAAAAACAUGCAGCAUCCCCUCUGUCCCUGCCCAGUCUACUUCAAAGACCCUUAGGACUGACAGUGUCCAGCCCAUCAUUACUAAGGCCCAUGACAGUGCCUGUGUGUCUAGUCCGUUCAUUACAAUAGACACCGGUAGCAGUGUCCCAGCCCUUCACUCAUCUACUGUUGCAAGUACUCAUAGCAUUGCUGCAGUCCCUGAUCAGUCAGUGAUUAAAAAAGCAGACUUCAGUGUCUUGGGUCAUGGUCAGCCCACUGUCACAAAAUCCCAUACCAGUGGGACUUCCUUUUCCAUCCCAACUGUUUCUAAGACAGACAGCAGUGGCCCUGCCCCUGAUCAGCCUUCCAUUGCCAAUAGCAAAGGUAGUCAUACAUCCACUAUCAUCAGUACCACUGAUGCCUGCAGUAGCACUACAACCACCUCAAGCAAACCCAGCAGGCAUUCUAGUAAGAGUGGAGUAUCAGAUUUAGAAGAUGAAGUGUUUCUUCCACCUCCAGAGAACUACAUCUUAAAUGGGCAUCCAAUCAUCUACUGCCCAAGAGUGGAAAUGGCUGACCAGGUUAGGCCGUUAUCCCCCAAAACAGCUGUGUCCUUGUAUAGUGGCCCUGAGGUGGAUCAGGAGGGUAUCCAUCACAGUCACCUUCCAGCACAACAUUACACACCACCUUUAACACCUCAAUCUUCAGCCAGUAAUUCAAUAGUAUCAUCAGGGAUUAUACCAAUUUCAUCAUCAUCAUCAUCAUCAUCAUCAUCAUCAUCAUCAGUUACAACAGGGCUUUCAUCAUUUUCAUCACCACCAGAUGGAGUAACAAUAACACCUGGAGUACAGCUAGCUGAUACCACAGUAGCAGCAGCAGCAAGAGUGUCUGUAGUGUCACCAGAAAGCCACUGGAGUUCUACACCUCUUAAACAACAAGAAAGACUUCAACAGAAACAUGUAGAUUUUGUUGAUGGCAUGGUGAAAGAUUUGUGUCAAGCAAAUAAUUUACCUCCCACUCCCCAGAGUGGAAGUCCUGCUUCUCAUCACCUUCAACAAACAACUGCCACUACUACCAUCACUACUUCAUACUCUGUUUCAUCCACUACUACUUCCAUCACAAAAAUAGCUAAAAGUACAGAUUUGAAGAAAGGAAGGCCUGAGAAGCACUCCAGAACAUCUUACAGUAGCAGAGGGGAGAAGAACAAGGAGCUUCUUAGUGGUGAAACUAGUCCCAAGGAUGCCGGAUUCUUGGUGGAUGGUGGAGAUGGGAAGCCACGUCUGCAACGUAUGGCCCACUUGGAGCGAACGGAUACAAGUGGCUCCCCCACCAGCAGCAGGACCCCAGCUCCACCUACAAAUCCUCUUGCCCAAGGCAACAAAUGUGAGAACUCUAGCAAAGCUAGAGCUCCUCCUCUCCAGCAUCCAGUUAAGAGAAAUGGGAACUCUGAGUUAAUUUCUAGAAAUAUAAAUGACACUUUAGGGAGACUCUCCAGUGCUGAAAAUGUUGCCCAAGAUCCAAGGGAGGGAGAGAAGACAGGAUGGAAUCGAGCAAGGGAGACCAGACGGGGGGGUAGUGAAGAGGGCCCAGUACGAUCUCAUGUUCUUAACUUAAGAAAGUAUGGUAGUGAGGAACUCUCCAGGGCAACUCUGGAUAGCUAUAGUUCCUCAAACUCCAAGAGCUAUCUUGAACCUGAUCUAAGUUCAUUGGGUUCUUUCCAAAGUGCAGGUGGAUCAUUAGAGUUGCUGGAGGGGUCCAUGAAGCAUUGCACCUCCAAUGCGACAGCUCAGUCCCAGGACCUGGCAAGGUGUGAACAAGUCAGCCUGAAGUCUCAAGGCUCUCUUGAUAAAUUUCCUCAUUUUGAUCAAGUUAGUGCCAGCCAGCGUCAGGUUACUCCCCGCAGGAAAGGAGUUUCAGUGGAUGACUCUGGAGCUGGUAAGAGUGAGCACAUGCACCGAAGUUUAACCCUUCCUGGCUCUCUUGCCAGUCCCAGAAAGGAGGAUAAGAAGAAAGAAAAGGAAGAAAAGGGAAAGAGAAAAAAGAAAGAGAAAGAAGGAGCAACUGGUGGGGAGAAAAAGUCAGCUAUGAUGUCCCUCAAAGGUCUGUUACGGAGAAACAAACCUAGAGAGAAGGAGAAAGAAGGAACUCAGGAGAGGCUGUCCUCGCCCUCUCUCUUCCGCAGAUUGGAGAGGAGGAGCAAGAGUGGCAGUCCUUCCCCAUUGUCUGACUCUAGCAUUCAUCAACCCCGCCCAGGUAACUCUCCCUCCAGUAGCCCAGUAGACCCCACUUCUCGUAGUCCAGUAGUAGCCAAUGGCAAGACUCGGCCUGUAAUUAGCAGCCCUGUGGCUGUGCAGCAGCCAACACCUAUCACUACAGCUCCUGUCAUCUCUGCUAACACUGGUGCUCCAAAUAGAAGUGUUGCUAUCUCCUACUCUGAUAGCGAGAGUGCCCCAAGCAGUACUCCAGCCUCUCCCCAACGUAGAGUUUCCUUAGCUCGAGGUGUUGGCUUAGCAAGUCAGCCUUCACCUAGACUUUACAAGCACGUGUUAACACGUAACCUCUCCAGCAGCCAAGAGUCUUUAGACAGCUCCAUCCUUUCAUCAGUACAGUCAUCCCCACAGUCCUCUCCUCAUGGCUCUCCUCAGCGCUGUGCUAUCCCGCCUUCAGCCUCCUCACUCAGCUUGCCUGCUGCUCGAGAAUUAAGUCCUCCAGCUCCUGUAAUGGGCACACGGGCUCUUAGGGGUUCCUCCAACAGUUUUUCAGUUACCAUUGGAUUUCGGCCACAGAUAGAGCGACGGCGAGGUCAACGCACAGUGAGCGAGGGGGCUGACCUUAAUCGUGUCAGCCUUUCUCCUGGACCUCGUCGUGGGGAAGGAUCCCGUGUCCUCACCCAACUUGGCAAGCGCUCUUCCUCUAUGGAAAUCCUUGUUUGUGGUAAGAUUCGGGAGCACUGCCCUGAGGUUGGUAGUUCCCCUGCUGGCCCACGUAUUCCUUUCUCACGAGAGGGUAGCUUCCGCUUGCACCGGGAGAUCUCGGUUGAGACUCUCUUUGAAGUACCUGAGGGAAAUGUGGUAGGAGGUUCCCAGGAAGAUUACCGCCGUUAUCUGGACCACGUCCAUGCAGCACGACAUGGGUCCUGCAGUAGCUUGGCAGAGGAACCCAGCUCUGCUCCUGAACCUCUCUCACGUCACCAUAUGCGGAAAUACAGUGUACCACAGGCAAUGCAUCUUUCAGGGAUGAGGGAGGCAGCUAUGUCCAACCCCAACUUGCAGCGGUCCAGCUCUCCUUUGGUGCGUGGCAUGAGUCACAGUUCCACCUUCUCCUCCAGCCCUCUGAGACGACCUUCCUCAGCCACCCCAGCCUACUCUCCAGCCAAGCGGGGGCUGUGCUCCUCCACAGGAGGCUCCCAAGUAGGUGAGGUGGGAGGAAUGCCUCUCAUGCGGGUUGAGGAAGAAGGUCCCCAAAGGAAGAACCUUGACUCUGCCACAGAUAAGCCACCCAAUAUUUUGGUGUAUGCUGCCAACAAUGCUGAGUACUAUGAGAAAGUGAAGCAGACCCUGGGCAGGUGUCUCAAUCCUGAUAGGUACACCAUCUAUCACCUGACUGAUGAGCUGGCUUUCAAGUCCCCCUGGAGUGGCAGCACUACUCUCUUGGUUGUGUGUGGUGAUGUUCCUGCUCACAUUUCUACUGUCUUCAUCAGAUACCUGCUUAAGGGUGGAAGGGUGCUGUCGGUAUGUUCUGACUUCCUCAACAUGGCUGUUCCUCUCUUUGCUUUCGAGCUGCCCUGGACCUCUAGCCUUGUAGCCUCAGGGACAGUGGAAGUGCAAGAACAAGCUGUUGUGUCAGUGAGCUACCAGCGAUGGAACAGUGUGCACCUCCUUCAUCACCAGCACUGCUUCCAUUCCUCACCCAGGAACAAACGCUUCUCUCGUAACACUGAGAUGCCAUCCAAGGAUCCAACAAAUAGAUCUGCAGUGAGUGUAGAGCCAACCCAUGUGGAGAUCAUUGAUGAAUAUGGGGGACGCCACCGUCUGGAUCUAAGGGUGCUGGCCACAGAUGACACUUGGGGAGCUCCAACGUUGCUCUCAGCCAAGGUUCAUGAUGGCCAAGGCACUGCUGUGUUCUCCCAGGUACACUUGGAGCAUGACCCACAGGCCAGUCUGCCAGCCACCUCAGAGGCCACAAAUCAGCUGGCAGGAAGCAAUAUGGCUCGCCUUGAGAUUCUACAGGAACUGCUGGCUACUGAGCUCAGUCUUGAUAUUUCAUCCCAUCCUUCCAUAGCAUACACACCUGCAUACUUCCUGGGACGCCAUGAGCUGAAGGAGGAGCUUUUGAAUCACCUGCAGCCACAUAUGGUUGGGGAGAGGCUGCAACGAUCCCAUACCAGUAUUGAAUUUGUGAAGCCAGGAAAUGUCCCAAAACAGCCAGCCCACAACCUCCUGCCCAUCCUGACUAGUGCUUGUCCACUUACUUUUUCAACUGUUAAAUACUUUGAGACUCUGGCCACUACUUCCUUGGGACGACUAGUGAUAUACUGUGAGGUGAUGUCCUCCAGCAUGAGAGUAGUUGCUGGCAACCCCCCACUGGUACAUGGCCUUGUGGUUAUCCCAACUCAGCAAACUCAUGGCCAAGGUCGUGGUGGCAAUGUCUGGCUGUCUCCUUUGGGGUGUGCCAUGUUCUCUAUCCAGUUUCAUUUUCACCUCUCAUCUCCUCUGGGCCAGCAUCUGUCCUUCCUGCAGCACCUUGUGGCUAUGUCUGUAGUGCAGGCAGUGGUCACACUCCCAGGCUACAAUGAUAUACCACUGCACCUCAAAUGGCCCAAUGAUAUUUACCUUGGGUCUAACCUGAAGAUUGGAGGAGUGGUAGUGGAAGCUACAACUGCAGGCCCUCAAGUUAUAGCCAAUGUUGGUUGUGGAGUGAACCUGAGUAACAGCAACCCUACUGGAUGCAUCAAUGAUGCAAUAAGACAGUACAAUCAGGAGCACAACACUGAACUGGCUGAGUUUGAACGUGAGGUGUUUCUGGCAAGAGUAUUCAAUGCAUUGGAAGAACUCAUCCACACCUUCCAAACUCAAGGUCCAGGUGCUGUGCAGCACAUCUACUACAAGUACUGGCUCCACAGCAAUGCAGUGGUGACAGUACAGAGUGAACACAGACACACACAAUCAGCAGAAGUGGUGGGGGUGGACUCCUAUGGAUUUCUACAAGCCCGCCUUCCCUCUGGGGAAACCAUUACUCUCCAGCCUGAUGGAAACUCCUUUGAUAUGAUGGAAGGACUUGUUUACUCUAAAGUGAAGUGAAUAUUUGUUGCCUCAAGACUUGGAAUUUGAUCAGUCAGUCUCAUUAGACCAGCCAUUUCCAUUCAUGCUGAAAGCCAUGUGCAAAUGCUUCUCAUGGAUGAAUCCAUCCAUAUAGAUCACAACUGGCUGAAAGCAAGAGUGCAGCUACAAGUUGUUAUAUUACAUAAUUACAUGCAGUGAUCUCUAAACAAACGGGUGUGAUGAAGGGAUGCAUGAGUUUUAGUUGAAGUAAGGCAUGAUGCUGCAUGACAAUGGUGAUGGUAUACUGUAUAGGGCUGUAAGUCAUAAUCAAAAAGAGAUAAGGGAUUGUGAUGUCAUUGUUGCCAGCUUAAAGAGUAAGACCUGGGACUCUAAAAAAAAAUAUUUCUAUUUAUUUUUGCUCUUAGGAACAAGGCCUGGUACUUCUUUUGUUGGAAUUCUUAGAAUCUCUCAUAAUCCUUCUGACCAGUCCUUCAUUCUGGUGGACUCUAAUUGUUGGAUCAGUCUGAUAGGGUCAUCUGUUGCAGAGCUUCUUCCAUGUUGCCAGAUAUUGAAACCUUGGGUUUGGGAAAAUAUGUCUACUGUUUGUUAGUGCCUUCAGUUUGUUGUGGCAGUCUUUGUUUAGUAUUUGAGCACUACCACCACAAGUUACUCUGGGGGUUUCUUAACUUUGUUGUGUACAAGAGAGGACAGUGUUAUCUAUGUCUCAUGAACAAAACAUGUUUUUUAUUACAUUUUUUAGAAACUGAGUCAUUACUUGAAAUAUUACAUUUGAUGUUGUGUGUUGUGCUUUUGAAAUCUUGAAAUGGGAUCAGAUCUACCAUGCUUUACAUCUUGUCUAGUCUUUGCUCCAUUUCUUUAAAACUGGCCUAUAUUCCCAUAUUCCACCAGACACACAGUGGGGUUGUUACAUGUGGAAAUGAGGUAAUAUUGUGAAAUGAAUAAAUAUUAAUGCCCUUUCCCUAAGAUAUUAAUAGAUAAUAUACUUGAAAGCAGAUGAUGUAUCAUAAUACACUUGUUGGAUUAUUGUAAUACCUGCUUUUCAUGAAAUAGUGACUCCGGUGCAACUUGUCCAUAAGGCAUUAGUGUAUGCUGCUGCUUUGUUUGGCCAAAGGUUUGGUCUUUGAUACUUGGCAGUGUACUCCAUAUAUAUAUAUAUAUAUAUAUAUAUAUAUAUAUAUAUAUAUAUAUAUAUAUAUAUAUAUAUAUAUAUAUAUAUAUAUAUAUAUAUAUAUAUAUAUAUAUAUAUAUAUAUAUAUAUAUAUAGGUAAAUACUACCUGUAGUUUAGUCACUGAAGCCAAAAUGAUUCAGUUACAUCAUGCUUUGAACACCACUAACAACCUUGUGACCCUGCAGUCUGUGUAACUGUAGCAUGGAGCCAUGCAAUGGCCUGUGUAACUUAGUGCACGGAAGGUGCUAGUUGGCGAGUAGCUGAAAGCAUAUGGUUAUCUAGUAAAUUUCUAAACAUGUUUAAAACAGCAAUAAAUUUCCUUUACCUAGAAAUUUUGUUUUAGGAGUAAAUUAAGAUUGGUUUGUAGCUUGUAUUAUGCAACUUAGUAAAAGAAAAUGACCAAGUUAAGCCAGUUUGUAGCUACCUACGGAGGUUAGUUGCGUACUUAAUGGCACUGCAAUACUCUGCUUUAUGAUGAUAUUAGUGUAUCUUCCAGCCAAUCUUAAAUGCAGAUAUAACAUCCAGUUCAGUUACAAAUGAUGAAGACACCAGUUUUCUUUGGACCAGUUCAUAACUGUUUUAUGAUGCAACCAUCUUUAAUAAUUAUGGUCAGUAAUGAAUGCAAGAUAAGCUAAUGUGGACCAAUAGUGUGCAAUUCAUGAGAUCCGGUAUUGGUUGAGAAAUGUGCUUGAUGACGUUUUAGGGAUUUUGUGGUCCAUUCUUGGAGACUUUUAGGUGUUAGUAAGUCAUGGCCAUGUGUAUCACAUAAAGCUUAACAAGUACUUGAGAAAUGCAAGUCUAUAAAGCAUUCCUCCUCUGCGUGUUUAAUAGUGGGAUUUUGCUGUGGCUUCUACAUUUUUUUCUCUUGGGGACCUUAGUAGUAAUCCUCUGUAAAGCUUUGCUGGUAAGUGAAGCACAGUUCUUAUUCCUUGUAGAAUAUAGUGGAUAUAUUUUCUCCCACAAAGAUGGUAAAAUUAACAUUUUUUGCAUAAUAAAUGGGAAUUUACUUCCCUGGACUGUACCUAGACCCAGAGUGUACUUUAGAGUGUGAUGUAUUACACAGUAAUGAAGUAUUAGUAUUGCCUCCACAUUUUGGUAUCUAUUGAUGUUAUAUUUCUCAGACAUCAUUGUUGAAUUGUUUCAUAAAUGAAUAUAUUUUCAUAUGUACAUUAUGUCAAAUUUCACUGCAUCAUAAGAAAUUUUAGGAGCAGAUAUAAGGUCUCAGAAACUUUAUGUUCCAUUUUCCAUGUUUCACAUUUUUCAGUAGUCCCAAAAUUAAGCAUAGCUGUUUUGCUUCUCAUAAAAGAAAAAAAGAAAAAAAAAAAAAAGACAUGCAAGUUACAGCCUUACUCUGUGUGACUCCUACACUCUCCCACUGCUACUUAGCAUUUUAGUGGUUGAAAUAAGCCAAAUAAACUCAGCCUGCCCUACAUCCUAAUGGCAGAAUGAUCCCACAAGACUACCAAAUGUGCUGGCAAAUCAAGCACACUGCAGGACCACCCUCACCACUUUUUGAAGGCUGUUAUGUCACUUGUUCCACUCUGUCCUAUUAAUGUUGUCCUGCCCUAAGUGUGGUCCUCCAUGCUGGGCUUUACGGGGGAGGUGUGUGUAGGUGAUGGGCCAUUGGUGCAGAAAGCUUAACCUGUGUUCCUCAUCACAUGCUUUACUUCAUAUACAGAUUUAGCCUAUAAAGAGAUCUAUUUAUAUAUAUCACAUAUUUUUUUAUGCCAAUUUGAAAGUAAUUGGUUGAUGAAUAUGAAUGCUUUAUUUUUGGAUAUUGGUGUUAAGAUGGUGUGAUGAAGAGAAAUGACAGCUUUAAAUCCCCUUAAUGAAUAGUUAUGCACUGAAGCCACACUCAGUUGAGUCAGGUCCUGCACCAGUGGUCCACCAUAGGAAUGUAAAUAUUGUUGACUAAUAUUAAGGUGUCAGCAGUGGCAAUAACAGCACUGGUCAUGACCUCUUAGGUCAUGUGUGAGAGGUCCUGUGUGAUGCAAAACUGUGAAGACAUUCCUCAUAAUAAAUAUUCCAGAAUAUCA